AUGACCAUCCGCCACUGGCACCUCCUCCAUCUCCUGCGGCGUCUCGUCACCCGCCCUGAGCUCCCGUCGCCGGCUGGACCACGCCAAUUUAGCCAUAAUAUUUUGCUUAGGAUUAGGAGGAAGGUACCUACUGAUGGCAGUAAACUGCACUCCGGUGCAACUGACACGUUUGGCAAGGGCCAGAAUGUCACUGACGGCGAGACGCUCGUCUCGGCGGGCGGCACGUUUACGCUAGGAUUCUUCUCCCCCGGGGCGUCGGCCAAGAGAUACCUCGGGAUAUGGUUCUCGGUGUCCAGUGAGGCCGUUUGCUGGGUGGCCAACCGUGACCGCCCAUUGAACGACACCGCUGGCGUGCUGCUGGUGGCCAGCGACACGGGGGACCUUCUCCUGCUCGACGGCUCCGGCGAGGUGGCGUGGUCAUCCAACUCCCCCAACACCUCUUCAGUGGAGGCACAGCUUCUGGAGUCCGGCAACCUAGUCGUACACGACCAGAGGAGCAAAACCAUCUUGUGGCAGUCGUUCGACCACCCGUCGAACACCUUGCUGCCUGGCAUGAAGAUGGGCAAGAACCUGUGGACCGGCGACGAGUGGUACCUCACGUCAUGGCGGUCGCCGGAUGAUCCGUCUCCAGGGAGCUACCGCCGUGUGCUGGAGUACGGCACUCGACUGCCAGAGGUUGUCCUGUGGCAACGGGACGCCAAGGUGUAUCGCACGGGGCCGUGGAAUGGGCGAUGGUUUAACGGCGUUCCGGAGGCCUUGACGUACGCGCACGAUUUCCCGCUGUAUGUGACGGCCAGCAAGUCGGAGAUCACGUAUGGGUACACCGCCAGGUCAGGCGCGCCCCUGACCCGCGUGGUGGUGAUGGAUGCCGGCGUGGUCAGGCGGCUGGUGUGGGACGCCGGCAGCUUGGCGUGGAAGACCUUCUUCCAAGGGCCGAGGGACGUGUGUGAUGCCUACGGCAAGUGCGGGGCGUUCGGUCUGUGCGACGCCAGCGCGGUGUCGUCGGCGUUCUGUGGCUGUCUGCAGGGAUUCAGCCCCGCAUCUCCACCGGCAUGGUACAUGAGAGAAACCUCGGGCGGGUGCGGGCGAAACGUGCCGCUGAAUUGCGGCGGCAACGAGACGGCAGCGGACGGAUUCGUGCUGGUCCCUGGCGUGAAGCUGCCAGACACGCAGAAUGCGUCCGUGGACAUGAGCAUCUCAACGGAGGAGUGCAGGGCUAGGUGCUCCGCCAACUGCUCGUGCCUUGCCUAUGCAUCUGCUAAGAUCCGAGAAGGUGGUGGUGGUGGCAGUGGCUGCAUCAUUUGGACAGGUGACAUGGUCGAUCUUCGCUAUGUGGAUCGAGGGCAGGAUCUGUACCUCAGGCUGGCCGAGUCUGAACUAGCUGCGCUAAAGAGCUCGAAGUUUGCUAUCGUGACUGUUCUUUGGCCAAUAGCUUCCGUUAUUGCUAUAAUACUAGUGGUGUUGUUCUUCAUCUUUUGCUGGAGAAGGAAGCAUAAGAUCUCACAUAAACGACUAAACGACUGCAUUCCUCAAAGUUCAGCUAUGACAGUUCCAUUAGUUGAUCUGUACACUCUGAAGCAGGCUACAUUGAAUUUCUCCGAGACCCAUGUGAUUGGUCAAGGAGGGUUUGGCAUAGUGUAUAAGGGUCAAUUACCUGACGGGAGAACGAUUGCGGUGAAGAGGCUUAGGCAGUCUGCUCGCACGAGGAAAGGUAAAUGUGAUUUCACAAGAGAAGUGGAGGUGAUGGCCAGGCUCCGGCAUGGCAACCUUGUUCACCUCCUUGCUUACUGCAACGAAGGUGACGAGGGGAUACUCGUCUAUGUCUACAUGCCCAACAAAAGCCUCGAUCUCUACAUAUUUGGUGAACCCAGCCUCCGUGCUACGCUGAGCUGGAGGAAGAGGCUGGAUAUCAUCCAUGGUAUCGCGCAAGGUGUGGCGUACAUGCACGAGGGAUCCGGCGAGAGUGUCGUGCACAGAGACUUGAAGCUUCAAAACGUGCUGCUAGAUGAAAAUUGGCGGGCCAAGGUUGCCGACUUCGGCACCGCGAAGCUGUUCGUUGCCGAGCGGGCGGACUCGAGCCUCACCAUCGUCAAUUCACCUGGAUACGCAUCGCCAGAGUCAUUGCGGGCGGAGAUGACGCUCAAGUGCGAUGUCUAUAGCUUCGGAGUCGUGUUGCUGGAAAUCCUUAGCGGACAAAGGAAUGGCGAGACACAGAGACUCCUUUCACGUGCACGGGGAUUGUGGGAGCAGGACAGUAAAAUGGCUCUUCUUGAUUCAACAGUGAAUCUCCCUCCCCUCUCUGGGCCUGAUUCCGACAUAGGCUCUGAACUUGAGAGGAAUCACCCGACAACAGGCCAGCCAUGUCUGACGUUGUCGCGAUGCUGGCCGCCAAGACCUCACAUAUCGCUCGGCCCAACAGGCCCGGAAUAUACAACCGACGAACAGGGUUUGUGACAGGUCAGGCGGAUCCCACUAGGACCACGACAAUCGAUCUCGACUAGCCGGCUCUGAUCCCAAGCGAGCUCAUCUUUCGUUUAUCUUGUUCUGUUGGUUGGCCGCUAGUAGCGCAUUGAAAGAUGAAGCUCUGUGCUGCCACCUUUGAAAAAAGUGUAACUUUUUCUGUUUUAUCCUUUACUUUGUUUUUUUAUGGAAGUUCUACCCCUUGUAGAAAUCCCAUUUUAAAAUACUGCUGUGUUUGGCUGCUUAGUAUUUUGGGAAUUUUAGGAAAAUGACAUGGUUUUUGUAGAAACCCAUUUUAAAAUACUUUGCCGUGUUUGGCAUCAACAAA